AUGUCACCUAAUAAAGAUUUUGAUUCUUCUAAACCGGAUUACUUUCUUCCUCAUCAUGCUGUGCAAAAGAAAGACAGUAUUACAACCAAACUUCGAGCUGUGUUUGAUGGAUCCUAUUCUCAAGUUGUUCUUUCCUGGUUGUCUUCACCUCCUCGAAAUUGGAAGCCCUUUGUUGCCAACAGGACUUCAGAGAUCUUGGACCUCAUCCCUCAAAACAGAUGGAGAUUUAGAAGUAAUAUGUCAAAACAAAAAUUGGGAGAUCUUCCUGAGGGACGAGUGACUCUCAACAGACCAUUUUUUGUCUGUGGUAUUGAUUAUGCAGGUCCAAUUUCUAUAUUGAAACACCGAGGCAGAGGAGCCAAAACAACGAAAGGUUAUAUGGUUGUAUUUGUAUGCUUAGCUACGAAGGCUUUACAUUUAGAAUUGGUUACGGAUUACACGUCCGAUUCCUUUAUUGCUGCAUUGAAACGUUUUUGCUCAAGAAGGAGCACACCUAAACAUAUUCAUUCGGACAAUGGGACUAAUUUUUUAGGAGCUAAAAGGAAGUUCAAAGAUUUAUACAACCAUUUAUCUAAAAUUAAUCUAGAUCAAAAGGUUUCGUAUUUUCUUUCUCAACAGGAAAUUGAAUGGCAUACUAUCCCUCCUUUGAGUCCGCAUUUUGGUGGACUCUGGGAAGCUGGUGUAAAAUCGGUAAAAUUUCACUUAAAGCGAGUUUUAGGAAAUUCAAACUUAACUUUUGAAGAACUUUAUACUUUAUUAACUCAAAUAGAGACAAUAUUAAACUCAAGACCCCUAGUUAGUGUAGAUAAUGAUGCUGUAGAUAACUUAAAUGUUCUAACACCAUCUCAUUUUAUAAUUGGAGAUGUAAUUAAUAGUCCACCUGAGACACUGGAAGUGUCUACACUUUCAUUAAGGAAGCGCUGGGAUAUUGUCCAAAAAAUGAAAUAA